UCCCUCUCUCCUGGUGGUUCAGCACUACACUCAGUUGAACAGCGGCAUGGCGCCCGGCAGCAGCGCGGCGGAGGAGCGCGAGCGGCUUCGGUACUGAACACAGCGCGCGCUCUGUCUUUACAGAUUUAAUUAAAGUUCACCGCGCGCUCGUAGCGGACCUGUUAGAGAACAUCAUCUCUCUCCGCCGUUCACCGGAUCGAUAAACGCGCCUGAAACCGGCGGCGCUCGGCUCUACUGCUCUACUAUAGCGAUGAGCGCGCUCGUGCCUGCUGCUACUGAUGAUGGGUUUAGAGGCGCGAGGAAAAGCGUGGACUUCUCUUUCAGCACUUAAAGCAUCAAUCUCGUACUCUGCGGGCUGCAUACUGCUUAUCUGUAGGUCACCUGUAGCUACUGACCUGUGCGUGCUCGCGCGUGGGCAGCAGGUCCAUGGGCUUUGAUGGGCUCAUCUUCAUCUUAACAGAGUACCAGAGUGGAUAUGACAGUGACUUCUUCUUCUUCAUUGGAAACUCCUUCUUGUUUAUGCAUCUCCCCUGGACAAGGCAAGAACCGUUAUUUGCUUUGGGAGGAAUAUGGGUUCUACUGAACUGGCUUUUUCUAACUGGAAGCUUCAUUACAGCCCACACUGCAUUCAGUUUCACCACUGACUUAUUUAUAAACCUGAGCCAUUCCAAAAGACCAUUUCAGAAAUGCUAAUUCACUUCCCUAACGAGCAAGCUGAAGAUGACUGUGGCUGGGAACCUUCUCUAAGAACAUGAGGAAGAACCAUUGAAAGGAACCAAUAAAGAGAAACUCCAACCAAAGAACAAAAGGAAUACCCUCUGAAAGCUCCCCCCAAGAUAAUAAGAAUGAGUCACUAAGAAGAGCAAAAGGAAAACCUCUUUAUAUACACAAGAAUGUUCAACAUUCAAAAAUACUCCCAUUAAAAAAAAAAUUAGAAAGAACCAUUGGGGGAACAAAGAUUCAUAAUAAUACAUUCUACUAGAGAAUGAAGAUAAACAACUGAGAAAAACCAAGACUCAAAAAAGGUAAUUCCCUAUGGACAUACAACAAACCACCAAGGAGAUCCAAAACUUAAAAUGAAUCAUACUAAAGACAAAAGACAGAAUCACUAAGAAGAACCAAGAUUCCCCUAAGAAUAUGCCAACUUUCUAUGAUUAUAAUAUUUAAGAAGACUUUCAAAAUGAAUAGCAAUUAAAAGGAACCAAGAUUCAAAUAAUCAACGAAAGUCACUAAGAAGAUCCAAGACUCCUACCAAAGAACAAAAGAAAGAGCCACUGAGAAGAACCAAGAUCCACCGUAGAGAAGUGGGGGGAAAAACAUGAAGAAGAGCCAAGACUCUUGAUAAAAAACACCAAUAAAGGGACUCCAAACUUCAAGUAGACCACCAAAGAACAUGAAGAAGAACCACAAGGAGAGACCAGACAUUUAUAAGUAAUCUUAAAGAAGGUUGGUAAAAACUGCUUAGAGGAACCAAGACUCAAAGUAAUCUCUCCACCUAAAAGCAUGACACAGAGCCAUUAAAAGGGACCAAGACUUCACAGGAAAAUGCUCUUAUGAUUAUGACAGAACCAUGGGAAGACCAUAAUUUAAAGACCCCAAAAAAUGAAAGAACGUAAGAAAGAAGCAUUAACAGGUACCAAGACUCAAAAGAGCCUUUUCACAAGAUAAUGAGAAACAAAAACUCAAGCAGAGAAACACUAUGAGUAUGAUAAUGAAACAUUAAGGAGACCACAAUUCAAAAGAAGCCCCAUCAAAGAACAUGAGGAUUAAACAGUGAGGGUAACCAAGACUCAAACGAAAAAAACAGGUUGAUGCCGUUCUCCUGCCCAAGUGAAAACGUGCCCUUCUUGCACUAUGGGCUGCAUCCACAGCAUUGUAUGUAAGUCACGUGUGAAACGUGAGAACAUUGUGGUGUACGACGUCACUGCAACCAUCGACAACACCCCCACAGCCAUUGAAGAGAACUCGCCUAUAGUGCUGCGAUACAAGACGCCAUAUUUCAAAGCCUCGGCCCGGGUGAUGAUGCCGCCCAUCCCGCGGAACGAGACCUGGGUGGUGGGAUGGAUACAGGCAUGCACCCACAUGCAGUUCCACAACAAUUAUGGAGAAAUUGGAAUGUCGAGCUGGGAGAUCCCAGAGCUGAGGGAUGGUGUGGUUAGAGCUAUCAGUGACUCUGAUGGGGUGAGCUACCCCUGGUACGGCAACACCACAGAAACGGUGACGCUCUCGGGACCCAUGGCCAAGCCUUCCCGCUGCAUCGUCAGCAUGAACGACAACUUCUACCCGAGCGUGACGUGGGCAGUGCCAGUGAGCGAAAGCAACGUGCCGAGGCUCACGCACAUCACACGGGACCAGAGCUUCACCACGUGGCUGGUAGCUCUGAACGCAGCAACGCGAGAGAAGAUCCUCUUGCAAACGGUCAAGUGGAGAAUGAGGGUGGAGAUUGCUGUUGAUCCCACCAUGCCUCUGGGCUCCAGAGCCAGGCUGGUGGGUCCACCAAACCAGGACCAGCCCAAGGUUCUGACCCACAUGGAGCCUAUUCCACCCAAUGCCAUGGGAAAACCCAACGCCAAUGAUGCCCAAGUUCUUAUGUGGCGGCCUAAAAGAGGGAAUCCGUUGAUUGUCAUUCCUUCAAAGUAGUGAAGUGAGGGAUCGAUUUGAGGUCAGGGAUCCACUUAAGGACGUCCUUUUCAUUGGGUGGUUUUUGACCCACAAUAGAGAUCAAGAGUUUCUAUGUUAGAAAAUUGUGACUGGACCCAGUCAAAACUGUAACCACCAGCUGUCUUGAGUCGUAACUGACAACUGGUGCACAGGAACAUUCGGAUGGACUACUUCCAGUCUGGUCAACUGUGUUGCCUAUGGUUUAAAGGAACAUAUCGGCUGGUGAUCUGUCGCAACUUCAGAACUUUUGAGAACUGUCAAGAUUCCCAGUUGUUUGAGCACAAUUUCUUUGUCAUGAACUCAGAAAUGUGAAGUUUCUGAGGACCAUCCAUAGCCAACACUGCACUGGCUUCUUCCAAGUUAUAUGAAGCUUCACUGGAUAGCUGAACAUGCUUGGAGGAGAACACUAACUGCUAGGUCAGUUACAUUAGCUAUUAUCGCACUGAGUGAUCGGGGAUGGGUGGGACAUCCUACCUACUUCUGGCCAAAUAUCUCAGAGGAACCAAUCAGGGAGCCCAACAUUUAGACAGCUUCACCCCUCAAAAACUUAAUUGCUUCUAUCUUAACUCUUUCAGGAAUACAACCAAGGCCAUACAUAAUUUUGCAAAACAUUGCAAAACAUCUUUCGCAAAGGACCAUUUGCCUUAAUUCCUUAAUUCCACACUACUGCCUUUGACUGGAUGGAUGGAGGUUUGGUAUGGAUCAUGUGAGAUGUGACAACAUCU